GCCGGAGCCUCUAGGCCACAGGACACUGGCGCCGGAAGUGGCGAAGUCGGGAUCCGCGCUGCCGGGUGAAAUCGUAGGCCAGCGAAGAUGCUGCUGGAGUUGUCUGAGGAGCAUAAGGAGCACCUGGCCUUCCUGCCUCAAGUGGACAGCGCGGUGGUCGCCGAGUUUGGGAGGAUUGCUGUGGAAUUCCUGAGGCGCGGCGCAAACCCAAAAAUCUACGAAGGCGCCGCCAGAAAACUCAAUGUGAGUAGUGACACUGUCCAGCAUGGUGUGGAAGGAUUAACGUAUCUCCUCACUGAGAGCUCAAAGCUCAUGAUUUCUGAACUGGAUUUUCAAGACUCUGUUUUUGUUCUGGGAUUCUCUGAAGAAUUAAACAAAUUGUUGCUUCAGCUUUAUCUGGACAACAGAAAAGAGAUCAGAACUAUUCUCAGUGAACUGGCACCAAGUCUUCCCAGUUAUCAUAACCUUGAAUGGCGACUAGAUGUACAGCUUGCAAGUAGAAGUCUCAGGCAACAGAUUAAACCAGCAGUGACUAUAAAGCUACACCUUAAUCAAAAUGGAGAUCACAACACCAAAGUUCUACAAACAGACCCAGCCACUCUGCUCCAUUUGGUUCAACAACUGGAACAAGCAUUGGAAGAGGUGAAGACAAACCACUGUAGGAGAGUUGUUCGCAACAUCAAGUAGUGCCAAUUUUAAGUUAUCAUAUCCUCUGUUGCAGAAGAGUCUGCCCAGCAACCAAAAAGGGAAAUAACACAAAAAAAGAUUUUUGCCUUUUCUCACCAACCAUAUGAGGCCUUUUAACUUUUUAAAUUUUUUUACUCUGCUCUGUUAACACUGAGCUACUAUAAACUAUCCACUUAUGCAUGGCAUUAUAUUGAUAAUAAAACACAUUUCGAAACCUCUUCUGGCUUUUUUACAUGGUACAGAUUCAGUUUUGUUAAAUAGCAAGUGCUUAGAGUGAUCCAUAUUGUGUGUUGAACAAAGGAUAAAGUUCUAAUCUCAGAAUUUAGAAUCGUCUUAGGCCAGUCCAUCCUCUAAAACAGUUUAAUCUAUAAGCUCAUUAGGCUGCAGAAAGGAAUCUCCUGAGGGAGUUAUUCUGAAGAAAGGAAGCUCCUCUGGUCUUGCGUCUGCUAGAAUUGUUUUUCCUUGUAACUCUACCUUCUUCUGGAAGGCAGAAAUCUAACAUGAUUCAAUGGCUACAGCUGUAGCAGUGUGCAGAGGAAAGGUUAAAUCAUUAUAGAAUACUGAAGAAUACUUUGAAAUUAUCCUUACUCUUUUUCCAUUGAAGUGGGGUCCCCUGAGGUAACCAGAGGUGUGAUGGGAAAAGCAAAUCAAGUUCUUUUUUACCUGCAUGCCAAUGUUGUGAUUGUCAUAAGUCCAAUGAGAAGUAGAUGCCUGUGGUUUUUUAGGAAUGUGCUUAGUUCACAGAACGAAAAGGGUUCUCAGUUAACUCAAAGACUAAAAACACAAAGAUUAAAAUUCAGAGAAUGAGGAAAAGAAAAUCCAGGGAAGUCUGAGUUUCAUUGGAGCAAGUAUAGAUGAUUAGGAUAUGAUUUUCUGGCAUGGUCUGAAAACCGUAUUCUUUCAUUCCAAAUAAAUAAAAAAUUCUUACAAUGCUCAAGCGAGUUUAAGUGCUGCACCAUAAUAAAAUGGCUUGAUUUUGCAGCUGAGACUUGGCACAAUUCAUAGACUAAAAGAAGAGCUUAAGAAAAGCUGCAGGCAAUUUUUUUUUUUUAGUAUCCCGGGGGAAAAUGAGCCAUUCCCCAUGUACUUUUCAAAAAGGCAAAAAUUAUUUAUCUCCUGGAAUGAGCAAUGUAAUUAAAACCUUUUUUUUUCCCCU